CAUGGCGCAAACUCCAAUCAAAAAGGUCUGCCUCGUAGGCGCCAAUGGCACCCUGGGCUCAGUCAUUCUCAAAGGCCUUGUUCAGGCAGACUGCUUCGACAUCUCCAUCCUCCAGCGCUCCAACUCUUCCUCUUCUUCCUCUUCUUCCUCCUCCAUCUCACGCCUCAUCGUCCCACCUGAGCUCCCGGUUGAGGAUGUCGCAAAGGCUUUAACCGGCCAGGAUGCCGUCAUUGCUGCCUUCCCGCUCGGCGAGGGCGACCAGCAUCUCCGACUCGCAGAGGCCGCAUUCCACGCCGGCGUGAAGCGCUUCAUCCCCGCAGACUUUGGGAGCUGCGAUGCGAGCGACCCAGAGCCGCAAAAGUAUCUGCCCCUCUACCGCAAGAAGACGCUCGUCCGUGAGAAAUGCGAGGCACUCGCCGCAAAGGCCUCGCAGCAAGGCUCACCCUUUUCAUGGACAACCGUCAUCUGCGGCCACUUCUUCGACCACGGACUGCGCGAUGGACUCCUCCACAUCGACUUUGACACCCGCACGGCGCAGAUCCUGGACGGCGGCGCCAUCAGGGCAUCGACUUCUACGCUGCGCCGCAUUGCUGAGGCAACUGUCCGAGUCCUGCAGCGGGCCGAGCAGACGCGCAACCGAGCCGUCUACGUCCAGAGCUUCAACCCAUCGCAGCUUGAAGUUGUGGCUGCCCUGGAAAAGGCAAUGGGAGAGCCAUGGCACGUCAAGCAUGUCGACUCAAAGCCAUAUCUAGCAGACGCCCAGCAAAGACUAAAGGGUGAUGGUUCUCAAGCUGAUUUGGACGCCAUUGAGGAUAUUGUCUUUGCGCUGGGGGCUCUAGACGCGGACUGGACAAG